CCGACAAGUGCGUAUAUUCUUAAUCCAAGUACUGUACCAAGCGACGAACAAAACGGCUCACAAGUGUGUCAUAUUAUCAACAUUUUGAAUUCAAAACAAAAUGCCAAUCCAUAUCUAAGUAUCCAUUCGAUUAAAAACGGUUUCUACUUCGAAUAUUAUCAUUACAAUCGCGUUGUACGCAACUUGAUCAAAAUUGCUGACGAAAGGUCGGUCGGUCGUGAUCUAAAAUAUAUAUAUCGAUAAUCUAUAAUCCGAGCUAUAUCCUACGAAAGAAAACAAAAAAGUUGUUAGAAACAGAAAGCGAAUCUUCCGCCUUCCACUCACCUACCGAAUGGCUCUUUCGUUUCUAUCCCAAAACUCCGGUCUGUUGGAUUUACAAAGUAUAUUUGAUCCACAAUAUUCACAUAAUCAUCAUCAACAACAACAACAACAAAAUCAAUCAACUUUAAACAACAACCAACAUCAACAUCACAAUCAAGAACUCAAUCAGGAACAACAAAAUCAACGCUCCAACUCGACAAAGUUUGAUUUAAGCCUAUUCAACGACUUCGAUCAAAUGGAAUUCAAUAACAACUUAAAUCGUAAUCAAUAUCAGAGCAAUAUCAACAAUCAGAACAACAACAACAGCAAUAACUCUACUAGCAUCCAGAACCGCCACUUCAUCAGCGGCUACCACCACCAGCAUAUUAGUUCGGAUUAUGAGCAAGUGAUCAACUUUGUUGACUCGCCACCCAACUCUGAAGAAUCGUGGACAGAAUCCUCCGCAUCCUCGCUAAUCGAACAAAUUACGAUUGUCGUAGACGCCCAGUCGAAGGACUCGCCGGGACCGCAGAUCAUUGACGUCCAGACUAUUUACCUGAACAGCGGCUCACGCAAAAGACGAAUGGAUUGGGACUCCCUGGACAUUGGUCAAAGUGAAAGCUCACCCACCGGAUCACAGAGCGGCGACCUGCCCACCAAAGUGGUCCACCAGGAGAGGGACAAGCACAAGCGCGAGAAGCACUCUGGCCGCAGCAGCUGGAGCGAUGAUAUUGGCUUCGACCUGAACGCCGAGUUCAACAGCAACUCGUACCUGAACAAUGACAACUUCCUGGCUUUCUCGCCCACUCUAAGCACCCUGAAGCAGGAGCCCCAGACCGAGCACAUCAAGCCGAGCCCCAAGAUUUCGUUGGAGAAUGCCGCUGGAUCGCCCUCGGUGGCCAUUGCCAAGUUGGACGAGGCCCAGAACUCACCGCUCCAGGUCAUACCGCAGGGCAAGGAAUCCGCUUCCGCCUCCGCCGGAUCAGGUUCCGCAGGCAACACCAAGCACGAUGUGAACUCCGGACUGGCGUGUGGCUGUGGCUCGCCCCAGGGAUCCCCACAGGCCAACAACGAUUACGAGCUGAACGACAAGGGCAGUGUCCUGCCUCAGCAGCAGCUGAGUGUCCUGGACCCGGCCAAGAUAGAGAUUGUUUCGGCCAAUGGAGCCGCAAAUGCCGAGGACCACAAGUUCCAAUACAUCCUCGCUGCGGCCACUUCAAUCGCCACCAAGAACAACGAGGAGACCCUGACUUAUCUCAACCAAGGCCAGAGCUACGAGAUCAAGCUGAAGAAGAUCGGUGACCUGUCCCUCUACCGGGAUAAAAUACUGAAGAGUGUGAUCAAGAUCUGCUUCCACGAGCGCCGCCUCCAAUUCAUGGAGCGCGAGCAGAUGCAGCAAUGGCAGCAAUCCCGCCCCGGCGAACGCAUCAUUGAGGUGGACGUACCGCUCUCGUACGGCCUGUGCCACGUGUCCCAGCCGCUGAGCUCCAACUCCCUGAACACUGUUGAAAUCUUCUGGGACCCCUUGAAGGAGGUCGGCGUCUACAUCAAGGUCAACUGCAUUUCAACCGAAUUUACCCCCAAGAAGCACGGCGGCGAGAAAGGAGUCCCCUUCCGGCUCCAGAUUGAAACCUACAUAGAAAACACCCCAGCCUUGAGCAACGCCUCCAAUGGUGGCACCGGAAACGGCAGUGCCAGUGUGGUGACUGCUCCAGCCUCACCGGAACAGACUGCCAACGGAAAUGGCUCCGGAAACAAUGCCAAACAGGCGGUCCAUGCCGCUGCCUGUCAGAUUAAGGUUUUCAAGCUAAAGGGCGCUGAUCGGAAGCACAAGCAGGACCGCGAAAAGAUACAGAAGCGUCCUCAGUCUGAGCAGGACAAGUUCCAGCCCAGCUACGAGUGCACCAUUAUGAACGAUAUUUCUCUGGACUUGGUGAUGGCCGCCACCACUACUGGAUGCUACAGUCCUGAAUAUAUGAAACUGUGGCCCAAUUCGCCCGUGCACAUCCCCAAGUACGAUGGAAUGCUUCCGUUUGCAGCCAGUGCAGCAUCCCCGGCCACCAGCAGCAGCCCCAUCGCCAUCAACUCGGUGACAUCCACCAACUCACCCACUCUGAAGCUGAUGGACACCACCAACAUGGUUUCGCCGCAGCAUGUGCCUGCCGACAUCGAUGAUUGCAACCAGAACAUCAUGCCGGAAUCGACGCCCUCGCAAGUGACGCAGUGGCUGACCAAUCACCGCCUCACGGCUUAUCUUUCGACUUUCGCGCAGUUCUCCGGAUCGGAUAUAAUGCGCAUGUCUAAGGAGGAUUUGAUACAGAUCUGUGGUCUGGCUGACGGCAUCCGCAUGUUCAACAUUUUGCGCGCCAAGACCAUUGCACCCAGACUUACCAUGUACGCCAGCUUGGAUGGCUGCAGCUACAAUGCCAUUUACCUGCUGUCCAACACCGCCAAGGAGUUGCAGCAGAAGAUCUUCAAGAUGCCCGGCUUCUACGAGUUCAUGGCCAAGGCCAGUGCCCAGGAGAACGGGGCAGGAGGUGCCGCCGCAGCCGCCGCCCUCUACAACAACUGGGGCAUGCACUCGAAGUACUCCGGCAGCGGAUCCAACAUCUUCAACGACGCCAACAAGAGCUGCGUGUACAUCUCCGGGCCGUCCGGCAUCCUGGUCAGCGUCACCGACGAGGUGCUCAACAACGAAGUCAAGGACGGCAGCCUCUACGCCUUGGAGGUGCAGGCCGGCAAGGUGAUCUUGAAGCUAAUCAACAAGCAGGACAAUAACUAAGGCCGCCUAACCCAAAAUAAAUCACCAGAAGAAGUAUAGUUUAUAGCAUUUAAACGUAGCCCUCGGCUUGUUUUCUAUAUAAGCUUCAAUUAUAUGAGAUUUUCGCGCAGUAAUUUUGAACAAGUAAUAAGCAAGCAACCCGAAACCCGUUUUCCAAUCCAAAACACUAUCAAAAACAGAAAAAAUAUAUAAAAAAAAAAUCCUUUUCCCUUCUUAAUGAUCUAGUGCAAAGUAAUAUAGUUUUUUUUUGUUUUCAGUUUCUUUCUUUAAGUUUGAUUUACUCUACCAUGUAUUUUAUACCACUUAUGCGAUAUACGCGAAACCUAUGCACAUUUAAUCCUCCGAUGCGAUGGCAUUUCGAUUCGUUAUUGUUUCUUCUACUUUUAGUUUUCUUCACCUUCUAUGUUUAACGCUUAUGUAAGGACUAUAUAUUUGUUUGUAGAACCCAGCCAAUACCAAUAUUAAUUAUUUGAAGUAGAAUGAAAAGCACACAAAAAAAGUAACAACAUAUACCAUCAUGAUUAUUAUAUUCAAGUACAGUACCACGAAUACAAGAAUUGAGCAAUUGUUUCGAAGCAGAGUUCAACUAGCAACCAAACAACAACUUUUGUAUGUGAUAGAAGCAAUAAAGUGUUAUCCACAAGUGGACUGUCAAAAAAAAACCA